AUGGCUCUGCUGUUCGACAAGUCUUCCAAGGCCUCCGAGGAACAACAAUACCAAGAACCACAGCAUGCGCUCGUCCGCGGGAUAAGCUCUCAAGCACUGAACGCCGCGGUCGACCUGCGUCUGGGCGGUCUUUAUAGUGACCCGGUACGCAUCACCAACCUGGCGAGGAAACGGGUUCCGCUCGAUUACUAUGAGGUCAAACCCGGGGUGUAUCCUAAUCCCGCGGGUGCCCCGCCUCGUCCUCCCUCUCGAUCACCACCGUCGGAAGGUUUAUGUAUCGAGCUAUCGUUGGACGGAGCGGUCGCGAAGGGCCGAUGUGGCAUUGUCUACCGGGUGAACGUUCAUCGGGUUCUGUCUGCGGAUGGAAAGGAAUUGUCCGAUAUAUCCUUGCCUCCACUGGUAGCGAAGGUUGCGGGUAUGAGAUAUACACCCCACAUUACCCGAGAAGCCUGGUUCUACGACGAACUGGAAGCUUUACAAGGCUCUGUCAUCCCGCGUUGCUUUGGGCUCUUCGAAGCCGUUCUUCAGGAAGAUACUGUGCUUGUCCCGUGGAAAGCUCACGGAAUCGACAGGGGCAAGCAGGAAUACUAUCCAGAUGCCGAGUUAGAUUCGACAGAUCCUCAAGACCCUGAAGCGCCCCGGUCGGACGGCGAGCACGUUGUGCAUAGUCGAAGGGACCCUCGCGUUCCUUCUCCUGUGACGGUGUCUCUCCUUCUUUUCGAAGAACUCGAUAGCACAGAAUUACCUCUUGGAGGGGAGAUGAAUAAGGAUCUUCAGGCAGAAAUAGUAGAUAUGUUUGCGGAGUUGGAUCGCUUUCUCGUUGAACACAACGAUGUGGCCCACAGGAACAUCCUUCGCGCACCGCAGUCGCCUACUGCUUACCCUUCUCUUCCGUCGCCCUAUACUGGGCGUACAUACAGCUGGCGCAUCAUUGACUUCAAUGAUUCUUGCAAGUUCAAUGAUGACCCUCGUGUCUGUGCGAUGGUCAACCGAGAAAUGGCCGAGUUCCUUGUGAAGGCGUUAGCGCAGGGGUGGUAUCCGUAACGGCCGCUCCUUCUAGACUUCGAGAUCUGUUAUGUAUAUACGCCCUCAAUACCACAUCAUCAUAAUCAAGGC